UUGUAUUUGUAAUCCUAAUUUAGGGAAAUUACAUUUACAUAGGAGAAUCAAUUGUGGUUGUCCACCCACGCAGAGUGGAGCGGGAGGACACUUAUCAUCAUCAUCAUCAUCAUCUCCUAGAUAGUUUGGCUUUGGCUCCUCUCCUUUCCCUACCAACGAAGAAGAAGAAGAAGAAGAAGAUGGGUACGAUCCCGUUACUUGUGUUCUAUCGUGGUGGAUCACUACCUCCUCCGAUCAAUUCUUCUUCUGCAACUUUGAUUCUGAUUCAGUAAAGUUAUUGAAGAAUAAGCCUUCAUAUAAUUUUCUCUUGGUUUGAGGAAGCUUAUUCUCAUCUCAUGAAUGAAGACUAUUGUAUUGGCAGGGAAGGAUCACGGUUGCAAUUAUCUUGGAUGUCUAAAUACUCUGAAUUUUAACCAAAAGGAGUGAGCAUAUUGAUUUGUGUUGUUGCUAUACUUCUAAAUUUUAUUAUUAUUAUUAUUUUAUGGGGAGCAACAUGAGGGAAGAUGUAAUCAUUCUUGAUUUGAACCAAGAACCUUUUGACCAGCCUCACGUUUCAGAAGUAAGAUUCGAUUCUAUAGUCGAUGAACUAGAAACUGCCCACAUACGCAUUGAAGAGCGUAUCAGACAGCUCGAAGCAGUCACCUCUAGAGCUAGGCAGCGUCAGAGAUGGCGACAAGCUCAAUCUCACCCUCAACCAGAUAACUUCACAGAAGCUAUUGUUCAAACUGUAACCAGGCGUCCUCCUGCAGAGCUUGGUAAUACUGCUGGCAAAGCCAAAACUAGUAGACCUGGGAGCACGUAUUUGAUAGCUAAGGCACUGGGAAUUGAUUCUGAUGAAAAGAAGGCAGCAAGUGGUAGUGGGGGUUUUUACGAUUGUAAUAUUUGCUUUGAAAUGGCAAGAGAUCCUGUUUUGACCUGUUGUGGUCACUUGUUUUGUUGGCCAUGCUUCUUUAAGCUGUCAUAUGUUGAUUUAAAUGUAAAGGAAUGUCCUGUAUGUAGGGGAGAGGUAACAGAUACAAGCAUCCUUCCAAUAUAUGGCAGUGGAAGUAGUGAUAGCACCUGCAAGUCAGAGUUAAAAGAGACUGGAUUCAAGGUUCCUCCUCGGCCCCGUGCAAAUAGGAUUGACAGUGUGAGGCAGCAGCUAAGGAGUAGAAGAGUAUCUUCUCCUAUUGAGGAAAGAAUUCACAGCAUUGUUGGUGUAAUGGGAGAGCGAGCUAGGACACUAGAUUCUGAUGGUCCACACAUUGUGCAUGAAAGAGUCAAUUCCCCAGUUAAUCAGAAUCAAACUUCCCAGACUGAGAGCAACCAGCACCAUCGUUCCCUUCAAGUUUCAAGAUUAUUAUUGCAAGGGGCUGCAUCAUUUUCUUCACUUUCAACUGCAUUAAAUACUGCAAUGGAUUCUGCUCAAAGAUUAGUUGAGGACCUUGAGACAUAUAUUCAUGGUCGUCAUACAAGAGCAAGCCAUGAUCAGUCUCCAAGUGUUGAUAAUGGAGAUAUGUUCUCAAGUGAUUCUGCUGUUGUACAACUGGAAAGCCAGACUCCAGAUAUUGCUGCUGAAAUCAAUUACACUGUUUACCCUUCUGCUUCAUCUUUCAGGGGGAGUGGUUUUGAUGAUCCUGUCGUACACUUGGAAAACCACACAAUGGAUAAUGCUAUUGAAGUUAAUUUAGUAUUACCACCGUCUCCUUCAUCUUCCAGAACAAGAUCAGGUGCCCCAAGAGUUUCAGGUUUGGACGAUGGAGUUUCACGUGCGGCUAGAAGGAGAAGGCUGAGAUGAUAUAGUAUUUUCCCCAAGGAAAUAGAUUAAACUGAAUCAAGGUUUCUUUUGGAAUUGCGUAAUAUAGUUGUGAAUUAAUGAAAUGUUUUAGGUUUCUUCAUUUUUGAAUAAAUAUGUUUGCCAAUUCAUGUGUUAGGCAUGGAUCACAAUUUGAGCAAUCUUCUGUCUGUUUUAUAAGGAGAUAGGCUGGCAAAUGUGUUGGGUCCUCUUAAUGUGCUUGGCUAUUCAUAAAAGCACAAUGGUGUUUCCAUUGUUAAGGAUUGGAUUUAAGUGGAGGAAAUCUGUUGUUGCCCUCCUCCUUUGAGUACGUACAAAACUUACAUCUCUGAUGGAGUGUUAUGGCUUCUUUACCAAAGAGUUAUAAGUCAUCAUAUUUGUAAGUUGUGUAGAUGCUUCAUUCAAUUUGUUAAUAAUUAAACAGUUUUGCUAA